AUGUCUGCAUCACUUCCUGGUAAUCGGGAUCUUCCAGUUUCCCAAUAUGACUUGAGCACAUAUUGGGGUCGUGUUCGCCAUGCAGCAGACAUUUCCGACCCACGAAUGCUGCUUGUCUCGUCUGCUGGAUUAGAGCAUUCAAAGCGUCUCAUCUCUCUGUACAAACAGAAUCAGAUCCAAGAGAUGACCCCGGAAUUGUGGCGUGCGAAGAAGGUGGUCGAUUCGACACUACAUCCAGAUAAUGGCAAACCAGUCAUGAUGCCAUUUCGCAUGUCAGGAUAUGUGCUUUCUAACUUGUUUGUUACGGCCGGCAUGCUUACACCUGGUCUCCAGACCACUGGCACUCUUCUGUGGCAGAUUGCCAAUCAAUCGCUCAAUGUUGCAGUGAACAAUGCCAAUGCUAACAAAUCGACUCCACUAUCAACAUCGCAAAUAGCAAAGUCAUAUCUUCUAGCCGUCUCAGCCUCCUGCUCUGUGGCCUUAGGACUCAAUGCUCUAGUACCACGACUGAAAGGCAUAUCUCCAGAGAGGCGCCUUAUUCUAACACGUCUGGUACCUUUUGCUGCUGUCGCCAGUGCUAGCGCACUAAACGUGUUCCUCAUGCGCGGCGAAGAAAUUCGCCAGGGCAUAGAUAUUUAUCCCGUCCUAUCUGACGAGGAACGGACUCAGCGAGAACAGUCUGAAGAUGCCAAGCCACUUCAGAGCCUAGGCAAGAGUAGAAAGGCUGCUACUAUUGCCGUUGGCGAGACUGCUAUCAGCCGUGUGAUCACUGCUACGCCUAUCAUGGUUCUUCCGCCCCUGAUUCUAGUCCGUUUGGAGAAGACCCAGUGGCUUUGUGCAAAUCCACGGAUGGUCCUUCCUGUUAAUCUGGGACUGAUUCUAACUACAUCACUGUUUGCGCUUCCUUUUGCUUUGGCUAUUUUCCCUCAACGGCAGGCUAUCAGUGUUGAUAGUCUUGAGGAAGAGUUCCAGGGUCGUGGUGGGCAUGGUGGUAUGGUUGAAUUCAAUCGUGGAAUGUAA